GGUGGAGGGGAGAUACCAGUGCCCCAUUCUGUCGUCGAAUGGGUUUUAGUUACGUUCCACCUUUCCUCCUUCAUCCAGUCGACGAUAUCGCGAUCGACUAAUUGGAUUUAAUCGUUUAUUCAUCAGUGUCGAAUAACUCCUUCGUUCAUCGGGACUAGUGUUGAGUAAAUAAAUUGACAACUGAUUCAAAAAAUUAUUGACAAAGUGGGAUUGUUUUUUCUACUGCCACUUUUUCAAUUUUUAGUUCUGCUCGCAGUGCGCAAUGAAACGGGGCUUUACCGGGGGAAGAUGUGAUGUCAGUGGCAAGUGAAGUUUAAUCGUUGAAAUAUAUUUUUUUUAUUUAUUUAAAUGAUGAAUCGAGGCUGAAAUAUUGAACACGUGGGUGGCAAACGCAGGCUCAUGCUGAGAAAAUUCUCGCGAUGGUAUCAAUCGUUAGAGUGAAGAAGUACUGGCGUGGGAGCUGUUACAGUGAUUCGAGGUGAAGUGCAUGCGCCAACUUCAAUUUUUUAGAUAAAAGAAUAAAUAAAUACGGAGGAGGAAGGCAAAAGGAAGAGGUGAAGACGGAGUGGACAAGCGGAGAGAGAUAAACGGGGGAGAUCUUCUGUGGAGAACAGCGUCGUGUGUUGGUGCACGCGACUAACGCGUGUGUAGAGGAUGCCGUGGAAAUGUCAACUUCUGAUGAUCCUAGCCUCCCUAACUCUAUCUUCACUCACCCUUGCAACCGGAAACCUACCAGAAGACACCUCUCCCACUUCCGGCCCCCCUGAGAGACUCCAAAAUGACGUCCGAACAAAGACAAAAAAAUCCGGAACAUCAACCACUCCAUCACCACCUCCAAAUGAUCCUGAGAUACCCCCGGCCUUGAUGACAUCAUCGCCACCCAUCAAAAGCAUCACCGAGGCCCCCUGGGAGUGUCCCAACAUCACAAAAGCCAGGGUUGAGUGCUCCUGUGAUUUCCCUCACACGCUGCGAUGCACUGGAGACAGAACAGCAUUGGAGAUAAUAGGUGAACAUUUGAGAAGCAGUCGCGAAGGAAUAAUUUCCCUCCUCGAUGUGACGGUAACGGGAAUCUCGACGCUACCGUCGAGAUUUUUAGAGGGCGUUGCACUCCACGGGCUCGUUAUAUCCACCGGUGAGCUGCGAAGGGUCAAUGAGAAUGCCUUUACCGCAUUGGUGAGACCUUUGCAAGCCCUGGGACUCCCCAACAACCUCCUCGAAGCGGUACCCACAGCUGCCCUGACGCAUCUCCAGGGACUGGAGAGACUGGAUCUCUCCAGGAAUAAAUUGAAAACCCUCGAGGCACAAUCAUUCAAAGGGCAGUCGAGUCUCACGUACCUCGAUCUCUGUGACAAUUUACUAUCCCAAUUGUCUCCUCAAGCGUUUGUACCACUGAAGAUCUUGCGUUCGUUGAAGAUGAGGGGAAAUCGUCUGAGUGUGUCAGCACUCUCGGCACUGCGUGGUCUCAAGCAUCUCGAGGAACUUGAUCUGUCGAGGAAUCUCCUCAUUGGCCCCUUGGGGCCGAAUUUACUACCGUCAAUGCCGCGAUUGAGGGUGCUGACGCUUUCCGAGAAUGAAUUGGGAACGGUGAAGCAGGGAGCGCUUGGCGGACUCAGGAACUUAACGUACCUCAGUUUGAGCCAUAAUCAGAUCGACGUUCUGGAGGACCACGCGUUCAGGCACCUCUCCACCCUCACCCGUCUGGAUCUCGCCAGCAACCAAAUCGUCGCCGUUUCCAGUGCAUCACUGGCUCACCUGGACAACCUCGUCACCCUAGACCUGACCCACAAUUUCCUUCCCUCGCUUACCAGUGACCUCAUAAUCCCCUUCCGCAACCUCCAGGACCUCCGUCUCGACGAUAAUGACAUAACUAUGGUGGACCCUGAAAUACCCACCUCAAAACUCAAACUGAAACGCUUCUCACUCUCCGAUAAUCCUCUCAACUGCGACUGCAACAUUCUCGAAUUCGCCAAUUGGCUGACUAACUCCUCUCUCGAAGAGGAAGACAGAACGUCCGCGGUAUGCGCUACUCCCCCAGCACUGGAGAAUGGAGUCCUGACGCAGGUGUCACCAGGAAGUCUCCUGUGUGGCGAGCCAACACCCCCUAUGAUGACAAAACUCCCUCAACCGCAGGUCCAGGUGACCCUCAAGGAAUUCCGCUACGACAGACGAACAGGCGUCAAUCUCGUGUGGCGUGUUGCGUCCUGUACACAACGAUACACCUGCGACAACCUCAUCAUCUACGAAGUGGUGGAUGACACCGAGAUCGAGAUCGACUCCAGUCCCCUUCACUGCGAGUCAAACCUCAUGAGGGAUCCCUGUCAUCUACCGGUGGCCAUUCCGUCGUCCCUAAACCUCCAAAUUGGUCACAAGUACCGGUACUGCAUCGUCCUGUUCGUGUCGACAGUCACCGACGACUUGACCCUGGGCCUCGGCUGCAGCGAUCUCCUGUUCCUGGAGGAGAACAGCCCCCAGUGGGAGCAGAAGCCGGUGCCAAUUGUCACGACGAUGGCGCCACUCCGGGACAGAAUCACCGGAGUCCACGUUAACAUAUCCGACGAGGGCUUUCUCACUGUUGACGUCGCCCUGUCAACGAUUAAGGACUUGGAGAAUAUCUGCCAAGUCUCGGUGGUGGUAUUCGCUGAGGAUUCAUUCCUCCAUCGGAAGACGCUGAACUGCAGUCAGCCUGUGGUCACCGUACCCGGACUGGUACCCGGAAGGUACAAAGUAUGCGCAAGUCUCCUGGAUCCUCUCGGCGCUGAGACUCCCGGGGACUUCGGUGCGGAGAGAUCCAGGUGCGUUGAGGUUCAGGCUUUUCGGGAGAACACUGAGAUGAUAAUUCUGGGAAUUGCUGGUGUCUCGUGCCUCGUGUUCAUCAGCGUCUUCUUCAUCGGCAGGAGCUUGUUGAAGAAAUUCAGGGAACCGAGAAUUCAGAGUCAGUGCUUUAUGCCUGCGCAGGAGUUUGAGAUCACCCAUAAGGCGCACUAUAUUCAACUGUUGACUACUACUAAAGUCUGAUAUAAGUGAUUAAUUCGAAAUAAUUCCAUUGUACAUAGAUAUACCCGAUAAUAGGGUUCUCUCUCUCUGUCGAAGUCCAGGAAUAAUUUAUAGAAUAGGUAUUUAACAACAGGUCAUUCUGCCAUACGUAAUUUAAUUGUUUUCUUGUUUUUUAUUGAAAAUAUAAUAACAUGUACAUAUAAACUCGAUUGAUCAGUCCUGAUUAUUUUUUUUAUGAAGAAAAAUAAUUGAAAAUAUUUUCGUUGGGGCUGCGGUGGAGACUUGAAUGCCCUGCGGGGUAGGUAUCAUGGCGCACGGUGAAUGAGCACCUAACCACCCCCUGAGGGUGGUUGCACCCUCGCACUCAAUAUCUACCUAGAGCUCAAGCUAAAAUAACAAAUGUAAUUACGCGACUGCGUGCAGAUGGAACGUCGGCAUUAGAGGAAGAAAAUUAUGGGGAAAAAUGGAGGACAGAAAUUACAGAGGGGACUAUAAUAUUCGCAUCGAUGGAGUUCCUUGCAUAAACGAUUUUUUUCUCAUGAAUUCAUAUUUUUCUUCGUCCACCCUUCUGUCACCCCAGAUAACACUGUAUCUAUCACGCGUAGCAAAUAAAAUCGAUUUAUUUUCGGA